UUAAAGCUCGACCCUGAGCCAAGCGAGGACUUUAAACUAUGUAGGCACGGAGGACAGGGUUUAAAUGGGCAAUCUGAUGGGCAGUUGGAGAUACAAGGAGCCGAGCACAGUGGAAGAAUGCGACUCGACGUGGGAAACGGACUCGGAGAGCGACGAGCAUCAGCCGGGAGGAGAGGAGGAGGACAGCGGCAUCUCCGAGUCCAUGAGCCCGGCGGAGGCAGCCAGAGGAGGCGAACAGCUGGAGCACGGAUCACCACAGUUUGGUGACAUGAUGGAGUCCUCCACCAGGAUGAAAAGGAGCUUUUAUGCUGCAAAGGACUUGUACAAGUAUCGCCACAGUUAUCCGAACUACAAGGAGCCUCGUCAGCCGAAUGAAUAUCGUAAUCUGAGGUUUUAUCUGAAUAAGAUCCCGCUGGUGCCGGAUGGUAUUUACAUUGAAGAAAUCCUCACUAAAUGGAGGGGAGACUAUGACAAACUAGAGCACAAUCACACAUACAUUCAGUGGCUUUUCCCACUUCGAGAACAAGGCCUAAAUUUUUAUGCUCAAGAACUCACUCAGGAUGAGAUAAAGGAAUUCCAAAGCACUCGGGAAGCCAAGAGACGAUUCCUCCUAGCGUAUACAAUCAUGCUGGAUUUCUUUGGAAUCAAACUCCUGGAUAAAAAUGGAAAUGUGUCUCGAGCCCCAAAUUGGCAAGAUCGCUUCCAGCACCUGAAUGAGUCACAGCACAACUACCUGCGUAUCACUCGCAUUCUGAAGAGCCUUGGUGAGCUGGGCUUUGAAAGCUUCAAGCUGCCUCUGGUGCGUCUGUUAUUGGAGGAGGCGUUGGUGGAGGGCACUUUACCCAACAUGCGUCACAGUGCACUGGAAUACUUCGUCUUCACGCUGCGCCAACAUGCUCAGAGACGUGCCCUGCUCCGCUUUGCCCAGCGCCACUACCAGCCACCGGAGAACUUCAUCUGGGGGCCACCCAAAAAGAAACGCAUCCCAGCCUCUAUCUCCACAGGGACAAGAGUGGGGAAAAACGAGGUGGUGGAGAGAAGUGUGGCCAAAGCCAGGUCACCCAGGGAGGGCAGGAAUAACAUGGAGAGAGAAAUGGAGGACAUGGAGGAGAGGAAAAGUGGUGAGUGGAAAAUGGCAAAGGGGACUAAAAUGCUACAGGAGGGCAGAGGGAGGGUGGAUAUAGAGGAAUAUAUUGAGACCAUUCCUCUGUAAGAACUGAAAGAGAGAGAUUCUGGAAAUGCUAAAAGAAUGGCACCGCAAUAUUAUUCCAUACUAUUGCCUUUUAGAGACUUGCUUUGUGAAGAACUUGACUGUUCGCCAUUUUGUUUUUAAUAUAAAGUGUUUUUCUUAACUCUGAAUACUUUUCACAAAGUGUUUGCAGAUGAAUUUCUCUACUGCGGUUCUUGCUUGCAGGCCUCUGGUGAGUUCUUAGCACAUGUACAAGUGUGAGUAUCUGUAAGUGCUACCUGAACACUUUCUUUGUGUGAAAUAUUGCACUUUUUGACUCUUCAGUCUUCCCCUGUGAAAGAAUAUUAUUAUCUUAGAUGGCAGGCUUUAUUUGUUAAUUGUAAGUUGGCUUCUCAGACGGAUGCAUUUUCUUUUUCGGGUUCAGAAAAACUUGACAAAGUUUCUUGGAACAGAUACUUGUAGCUUCUUGUAACAGAUCAUGAUAAUGUGUACCAAGUGUAAAUAUACUUUCAGGAAUUUUCAGGUAAUUGAUCUUCCAUGUUUCUAUAGGUAUGUGUGAGAGUUUAAAUCAGUUCUCAAAUACGUCUUGCAAUAUAAAAGUGCCUCUUUUUGUUAGCUAAUGUUAUGUGCUCUUCCAUUUUGAGUUGCAGUGCAGCAAACUUGAAUUUCAGCUGUUUAUGUUAUUUUUGGAAAAAGAAAAGCUAUGAACAACAAAUGCCAUUUAGAUAUCAUUAAAUAUAGUGUGAGUGCUGUGAUCAUAACACAGCAAGAUUAAACUAUUAGCUGAAAUGACAUUUGAAAGGUUAUUAUAGCUUAAAAUAUGUAAUACUCAAAUACAAACCAACACAUUUUCACAUGUGAAAGGUUAUACAAUUUCUUCUGGAAUUUAAAUCUUAGUGUUUUUUACAAGCAAAUGCUUGUACCUCAGAAA